CCUACGACGACGACGACGACGUCGACGUCGACGGUGGGACUGUGUCAACCCCGACCCCCUGGGCCCCCUGUCCCUGCCAAUCUGCCGCAGAUAUCAUCCUCAUCGUCAUCACCACCAUCGUCAUCAACGACUUCAUCAGCGACAACAUCUUCAUGUUCCUCAUCGUUGUCGUCGACUUUCAGUUGUUUCACAAACACAACCACCACCACCACCAAUUCUCAAGCUGCUUCCAGACCAGCCUUUGUUACGACCCCUGCCGUCAGUCAGUCCCAGAGUCAUCUGCCCCAACAGCAGUCACAGCAGCAGCAGCACAGCAGCAGCACUGGCAUCAUCAGUCUGUCAAUCGCCAACAACAGCAACAACAACAGCAGCAGCAGCAGCUGAACAUCCAGCAAUCGACUCCUCAGAAGAUCUGCGCACAGCAGCCAAAGAAUAAUAGUAACAGUAACAUCAGCAGUAACAACAACCUGCUCACCAGCGCUCAACAACAACAACAACAGCAGCAGCAGCAGCAGCCGGCACAGCAGAAGCAACAACCGCAGAUGUGCGGCGUCCAGCUGCAGACUAGCGAGCAGCCCCCUCAGAACACUUCCCCAACGGUGGCUACUGCCGCUGCGUCACAGCAGCAGCAGCAACAGCACCUUCAGAUAAAGCAAGAACCUCCGGAAGCAGCACCUGCGACGCAGCAGCCCCAGCGCCUUGACGCUACGACGCAAGUGAAGGUAGAGCCAACACCUUACCCCCUUCCCCAACCUCCCCCGCCUCAAGAGGGUACCGGUGAGGCGGCGGUGGGCCAGGAUACAUCCGACGACUUGGAGGCUCUCCGUCAGCGCCUUCGUCAGAACGAACUUGACAUUCCUCAGUGUACCUGCCCAGUGCCCCCUGGUACCCCAGACCCGGGUCCGAUUUACAGUCACCUGGGCUCGUCAUCCACUCUGCCGGGCUUACGGGAGACGCUCGAGAAGCAAACCGGAUACACAGGCACUGCUAUUAGAAUAGAAAAAGUAGUUUACACUGGGAAAGAAGGCAAGACAGAUUCCGGUUGUCCGCUUGCCAAAUGGAUAAUUCGCCGAGUUAGCCCGGAAGAGAAGAUGCUUGCUGUUGUCAAAAGGAGAGCCAAGCACACGUGCUCAACGUCCUGGAUAGUUGUGGCAGUUGUCGCUUGGGAGGGGGUUCCCCUGCCAAUUGCUGAUGAUCUAUAUUCUGUGCUUGUAUACAAGCUGAACAGAUAUGGAAACCCUACGGAAAGAAGGUGUGGUGUUAAUGACGAACGCACUUGCGUUUGUCAAGGAUUCAGUCAAGAGACCUGUGGUGCUUCGUAUAGUUUCGGCUGUUCGUGGUCCAUGUAUUACAACAUGUGCAAAUAUGCUCGCAGUAAAACAGCAAGAAAAUUCAGACUCACUGAUGAGCAAGAGGAGAGCGACAUCGAACAUAAAUUACAGAGCUUGGCUACAAUUUUAGCACCUCUGUACAAGAGAAUGGCACCUUCUUCUUACACCAACCAAACUGCCUUAGAAGAUGAGAGUUUGGAGUGUCGUCUUGGAUAUGAACAUGGGCGUCCGUGGGCGGGAGUCACUGCAUGCGCAGAUUUCUGUGCUCAUGCACAUAAGGACAACCACAACAUGAAUAAUGGUUGCACAGUUGUAGCCACCUUGACAAAACACAGAGGAUUUGCCAAACCAGAUGAUGAGCAACUACAUGUCUUGCCAUUGUAUGUACUAGACCCAACUGAUGAAUAUGGAACCUAUGAAGGCUAUCAAAGAAAGAUUCAGUCAGGUGCUCUGGAGGUGCUAAACAAAUACCCCUGUGAAAUUCGCCUUCGAACUGUACCACUUCUUUCAUGUCGAGCAAGAAAUCUUUUGGCCCGAGGUCUUCCCAUCCCAAAGCGUGGAAGAGGCAGAGGAAAAGCGAAAGGAAGAGAUAUUGGAAGACGACCGCAAGUCAAUGGAAUCAACAAAGCUCCAGUACCACCCGUGGAAUUGAAUGAUUUGUUUGGACUUAACAUGGAUUCAGUGCUAAGUAGCAUAGACUUCAGUGACCCUGAUGAUGUACUUAACCAUUAUGGUCUUAAUGGUUCUGAUUACGGAUGGCUUUUAGAUGUUGGCCCAGACAAUGAUUUAGGACUUUCAUGUGAUAUAGACUCAAUAAUUUCAAGUAAAGAUGAUAGUACAAGCAGUGAUGACGUUGCAUCUUCCAGUAACUCUGUAGCCGAUAAUUGUUACAAUGAUAGCCAGAAGAAUGUUGGGAAUUUGGCAGCUUCAGAAAGUCACUUAAGCCAAAGAGAAAGUGCACCUGUUCAGACUUCAGCGUCUAAUGAAUCUCAGUUAACCCCUAGUGUUCCUCCUACCAGUCAAUUAGGAAGCUCACUGAAAACUGUUUCUGGGCCAGGUGCCUCUCCAACAGUACAAGGAUUCCCUCAUGUUCCAGCUUUAAUGCCUCCUCCCCAGUCACCAGCACCUAAAAGACCUUUUUCCCCUCAGUCAUGUAGCUCUCCAAUGUCUUCUCGUUCUACAACCCCAAUUCUUCCUCUUCAGUCUGGUAGCCCAACUGUAUCGCCCCUUCCCUCUCCAGUUGUACGUUCAGCACCACAGCAAAUGAGUCCUUGUCAUUCUCCGUUGGGAUCCCCUUCAUUGAGACUGAAUCCUCCACCAUCAACUAGUCCAUGCUCCUCCCCUCUUCCUUCGCCAUUUGCCAAUUCAUUUACUCCACCAGGUCCUGCACAGGAUACGAGUCCUAGCUCUUCCCCUUUGCCAGGUGCAAGUAACUCAACACCCUCAAUUCCAGCACAGUCUCCACAGGGAUGCCAACCACCAUUAGCAUCACCCUUUGGAGGGCCUGCUGGAACAUUACAGUCGUCUCCUUUUGGUCCGAGCUGUUCUGUAAGCAUGCCCCUCACUCCUGUAUCGUCCCCAGUUCAAAGUAACCAAGGAACUGCCAGUUCUCAACAUUCCCAGUCUGUCAGUCAGUAUCAGAUGUGUACAAAUUCUAUGGAAAGCCAAAGCCAAAACUUCUGUAAGUCUCAAAAUGAUAAACUCCAGUCCCACCUCCCCAACUCUUCACAAAUUAAUCCCUCCGUUACUUGUAGUUUGCAACAGACGAUGCAAAAUGGUUUCAAUCCAUCUCCGCAAAUGCACUACAGAAGUACAAAUCAAUUUAGUAGGGGACCAAAUAUGCAAGAAGAAAUGCCUUUCCAUCAAGAUAGGUUGCAGAGUGACCCUUUUUCCAAUUUAAUGAGCUACACGAAUAAUAAUAGCAAUGAAAUUCCAUGUAGUCAGCCAAAAGAACCUGAAACCGUAAUCAGAUAUAGUGACAACAUUGAGAAUUUUCAUGAUCCAGAUAUUGGCGGUGUAGCCAUUGCUCUGACACACGGUUCGGUGCUAUUUGAAUGUGCCAAACAUGAAUUACACGCCACGACUGCACUAAAAAAUCCUAAUAGACGUGAUCCCAAGAGAAUUAGUCUCGUGUUUUAUCAGCACAAGAACCUCAUCUAUAGAAACCACGGAUGGGAAAGGUUUGAAGAGAAGAUGGAAAAGAAGCGGAGUGAAGAGGAGAGGUUGAUAAAAGAGGGAAAAUUAGAGCCUUCUCCUCGAAAGAAGAAGAAGAUGAUGAAGGAAGGCUUCGUCUUUCCUGAAGAGAAGAUGAUGAACAUUGAGCCGGAAUUCCAAAGGAUGAAUGGGUUAGCCAGUAUGAAGCUAGAGGCAGGAAUUAAUCCAGUUCUUAGUGAUGGACAUGGUAUUGGAAACAGGCUAGGCCACCCACAAGGUCAUCAGGUGGAUAAAAAGCCAGCCAUUGUUGAUCCCCAUGCUGAUCUCAAGAACUUUAAGCACCCUGAUUUGAAAUCCCCUCCCGUAAGUUAUGGUAAUUAUCCUAGGCCUUUACAUCCUUCCUUAGAUACCCCAAGACCUUAUAGUCCUUGUAAAAAGUAUAUUGUUUCUCCCCAAAGACCCGCCUAUUCCUUGGCUUCAUCUCCUCCUAAUGUUAUGCUUUCCAUGGCUCCAUCACUUAAUCCUCGCCACCAGAAACCUAGACCCACUCCUGACCAUACAUAUUCAAUCGGGCACCCCCACGGUGGAUUUUAUGGAGAUCACUGCCGGCCUCCUUUCAAUCCUGCCAUGCAAGAGUUUACUCCCUAUAAUUCCAUGCCCCAUCCUGCAGCACAAUCUCAUCAACUUCCAGGUCAUCACCAGCAGCGAAACUUUCCCAGUCAGUACCCCCAUCAUCAUGGUCUCAUGCCAGGCUCAUAUGGUAGCGCAAAUCACCCCAGUAAUCAAGUGCAUCAUUCUCAAAACAACAUGAUGCACAGCCCUUAUGGCACACCAAUGCAUAGUCCACAGAAUAUGGUGAGUCCCCGUGGUGCACCUGUGCUUAGCCCACACGAUAAUUCAAUGCAUAGUCCUUGCAGUAAUCCACAUCAAAGUCCUCAUAGUAAUUCAUUGCAAAGUCCACAUAGUCAUCUGCAUCAUAGUCCACAAGGCAAUCCUUUACAUAGUCCUCUUAGUAACUCAUUACAAUGUUCCUAUGGUAAUUCAGUGCAUAGUUCACAUGCAAAUGUAAUGCAAAGUCCCCAUGGCAGUCUAAUGAACAGCCCCCACAGUAACCCAAUGCAGAGCCCUCAUGGUACUCCUAUACACAGUCCUCAUGCCAACAGCAUGCUUAGUCCUCAUGGAAACAUACUAAGUCCGCAGAACAAUUACAUGUUAAGUCCUCCAGGAAACCCACCUAACACAUCAUUGCCAAGUCCACAAGCAAACAUGCAGAGUCCACUUGGGCCUGCUUGUAUGUUGAGUCCAAAUGUAAGUACGCACAGUACAUCUGCGUUAAGUCCGCGGGCAAAUCCUCAUAAUAUGUGCAUGCAAAGUCAGCAUUCUAAUCCUCUUGUAUCAAUGGCAAAUAUGCAGAGCCCUUCAAUGGCAGGUCCCCUUGUAAAUACACAGAGCACUUGUUUCUCCCCUCAACAAGGACACCAACCAACACCCACAUCAAAUACAUUUACAAAUGUGCAAAACACCAGCAUGUCAAAUCAGCAGUCCACUCAACUCGUUAAUAAUAUGUUGAGUCCAAAUUCUAAUUCAACCUGCACCUCCUUACCAAAUGCCAAUGUGAGUCCGCAGAGUUCUUGUAUGUUAAAUACAAAGUCAACCAUGGUUACAAAGCAGAAUAACUGCUUGGUCAAUUCUCAGAUGACCCAAAAUGCAUCGGUGCAAAAACCAGUUGCAAGCACUCAUAACACAUCUAACAUUAAUGUAGGCCAUCCUUCUGUCCAAAGCCCACAGGCAAGUCCAUGUGACACUUCUUUGCCAAGUCCAGCUGUUGAUCAAAGUAAAAACAUCAUACCUAGUUCAGUGAAAUCGACUUCACAAUCGGAUGCAAGUGAGAAUUGCGAGUCUGUGACUAAACCCACAGUGAGUAACCAUCAACCAGAAAAUUCUUCACAUAUGACACAACCAUCGAAAGGCUCCAUAACCUUACAGAAUGCUUGUAUGCCAGGGGCUAAUUUCAGUACACAAAAUGUUCCUUCAUCUGAUGUUUCAUCAAAUCUACAUAGCAUGGCUAUGCCAGGACAUCACAUAAACACUAAUGUGCCUGAUUCAAAUGUUCCUGUAAACCACCACAACAUGCCUGUUCUUGGUCAAAAUCAAGGCUACCCUAAUCCCCAAAUUCCCCAACCCUCUUAUGGUUUAACUCCUCCUUACAGCCCUGGUCCCCACGGCGCUCUAGCACAAGGAACUCCUCUUCCUAGCUUCAACAAUGGCCCCAGUAACUAUACAGCGCUGGCGCCUAGAGGGCCUCCAACCCACUCGACUUCCACAUGGUCAGAGAUGCGAUAUGCUCCGCCAUUUAGAGUGACUGGACCCUACAGUGAAUGGUCAGGGAAUUGAGGAUAAAGUCCAGCUAUUCCCAGGGAAUCGAGAGUGAGGUCCAGGUGUUCCCAGGGAAUUGUGGAUGAGGUCCAGCGAUUCCCACUUAUUGUUAUUCUUCUUGGUUCUUGCUGUUACCAUGUUACUUUUCAAAUGCCGUAUAACUUUAAUGUUUGGCUGUGAGCUGGCUAUAGAAGCUCAAAAUGUGGUAGCUGCAGCGUAACUGGUCACAAAGAGUGAAGACUUACUUUCUAUUCAGAUUUAGCACUAGUCGAUAUUUAUUUAUUGUGGCUAAAUGACACUUAGUUCUUUGGAGAAACGAUAUGAUUGUACAGUAUGUAAACUCUUUGCCAUAUCACAAGCCAUUACUUGUGGAAUGAUCUCAUGUGAGUGAAAGAUGUCUUGUAGAACUUUUUGGUGACAAUUCUCAUUUUUUCAUUGAGGAAACAGAUGUAUAGUUGUAAGGUAGUAAUCUUACCACAAAAGUGUCGCUUCUUAGAUGGCUUAUUUAUAAUUUUCUUGUAAAUAGUAUGCAAACUGUUUAGUUUUUUAAUGUAAGGAUUUCUAUUUACUGAUAAUUGACUCUAGAAAAAAUACAAUACAAAGUCAGUUGUUUUCGAAUUGAAGAUGUUGAAGCUGAUUAAUAAGACGUGAUGUCUGUCUGUUUUUCUGGUGAUCUUUAAUACUCAGAAGUGUUCUAUUUAUGGUGUGGGGAAUAAUCAGAUGAUUGCUCAAAUAUUCUCCAUUAACAAUUGAAUUUUAUUUUUUUGGACAUACAGCACUAAGCCAAGAUGAUUACUAGUCUAUGCAAGGCAUUUUUAAGAAAUUUAGCAUUGUACUUUAUUUUUUUCCUUAGGAUAAUUAUUACUAACAUAUUUUUGGCCAAAAUUAAGGCCUCGAUAUAAUGUUAUUGUUUUAGGGACAUUUAAGGACAUGAUCACCGAGUACAUAGCUUACAAAAGUACGCCCAUUCAGAUUCUCACAUCUUAUCUCAAAAAGCCACAUAAAGCAGUUGUGAACACUUCCCCAAAGCCCCCAAAAGAAGGUUUAAUUGCAUCAGAUGGGUAAAUUUUAGGCCCAGUGAUGUCACGCAUUGUUGCAUAAAUUGAUGAUGGUGAAAGUCAAUCUAGGAAAUAAUCUUAUCUUUUCUCAUUGUUAUUUAUUAUUAUUAUUAUUAUUAUUAUUAUUAUAAUUAGUUCAUUACAAGUAAUUUGCAACAAAAAAGUAACAUGUCUGGGCCUCCACCAAGUAACAUUUUUAGACUUAAGUUGCCAGUGGGCAUAAUUUCAAUGGAGCCCUCCACAUUGAAUGCAGCAAGAGUGGACUUCUCCAGCAAUGGAGUUGUGGGGAGUUGAAUGUUGUAAAAAAAUCACAAAGUUGUUUGCUUUAUCUUAGUUUAAGUGCUCCAAAAGUGUUGAUUUUCUCUGUAAGUGUAAAUAAGGUUCACUGAAAAGUUUUCCUUAUGUUGAUCUCCAGCGUUUGAGCUGCGUUUUACUUUCUUUUUGAUAUUUUACCUAAGGACUUUUGUAUUAUAUUGUAAUGUCACCUCUGUCAUGAUAAUUGUAAGCUGUUGUUAUAUUUUGACCCUUGAUAACAUGAGGAAGCCUUGUAUGACAUUAUUUAAUGUAACUAUUUCUUAUUUUAAAAUGUCUUGAUUUUUUUUAUCUCUUUAUGUUGUCAUUGUGUUCUUCUGUACUCCCACAAAUCUGAUGCUGGAGUCUCCGCUUGCUACAUUUGCCUCUGUCGCCUUACUGUCGCCAUCUCGUGUACAAAUAAUGUUUUGUGCAGUCUAAUUCUCCCUUUACUUUUUCUAUUGAUUCUUGACAAUUGAGGUGCACUAGUUCAUAAUCACCCUUUAUAAAUAAAACAAAAAAAGCUGUAAAUUUUUGGAUAUUAUAUCCCUGUGCUACUUGCAAAGAAGAAUGAAAAAAAAACUAAUAAGCUUGAGAAUCUUUUUGUAUUUUUACAUGCAUUUUGAUACUUUUAUUGACGGCAAAAGUGAAGUAUUGUUUCGUAGCAGUACCUAUGAUAAGCGGGAUGUAGAGAGGGGUCGGGGUGGACCCACUGGAAUGAGCUCUGUUGAUGACGUCAUGUAUUUUUCAUCCUACUACGUUUUACAAAGUGGCAUUGUGAUCUCUAGGCAGAAAUAGUGCUUUCAUUGAAGCUUCAUUUCCUGGUGUUUUCACGUUUUGAAGUGUAUAAUUAAAUGAAUAACAUUUCCCAAAGCUAUGAAUUAAAAUGCUGAAAAAAAAUCACCACUGUCCAUUUUAUGACAGAAGUUGCAGCUUGAAGGCACAUAUUCUUUUACAGUGUUUAUGAAAGUUAUCGCAAUGUUAUGUUUUGCCUGAAGUUGCACAUCUGGUCAUAUUGCAUCAUUGCCACUGCUGCCUUUCUUCCUGGUGCCCUAAUGUAGUAAGUAAAUAAACGCUUGAUUGUCGGAUAAGUCGUGACGCUGGAUUACAAAGUACAAAUUAAAACCCACCCUUCGUCUGCGUUAGGAUGACACUCCUCUUUACACCCCGCCGGCUUAGUUGAGAUCUCCUUACGGAAAAACAUAACUGGUUUCUGUCUGUCUGUCUGUCUCUUUCCUGGUCUGAAAAAUCUCUCGUUCAAUGUUUGUUUUUUCUAUCUUGAUACCUAGUCAGAUGUCUGUCACAGAUAACCCCAGUCGUGUGAUUAUUGAUGCAUCCCAUUGCCUUAGGCGAGAUGUAUUUUUGUGACACUAGAAAAGGGAUUUUGUAUAAAAACCCUAAAGUAUUUAAGACUAUUUUUCUUAUUUCAUGCUGACAUUAGGGACAAAAAAGAUGAUGUUUGUGUUGUGCUCUUUGUAAAGUUAAACUAAAUACUAUAUAUUUUUUAAAUAAUGGUGGAUUUAGAUAUAUUGUUUAGCUAGCAAGACAAAUUGUAGAGAAAAUAUUGUUACAUAUAAGAAUUUGAUAUUCAUGACUAAUUGUACUGUGUUAACUGUACAAUGUCCCUGAUGUUAACCAGUUUUAGGACUCUUGGUCAAAACCAAGUAGAUGAUUGUACAAAUGUAAGUUUAUUUCCUAUUCUGUUGUCACAGAAACACAAUUUUUAAUGACCAAGAUAUCAAUUUCAUAUCCUUGCAGCUUUUUGUAAUUUCCAUGGGGUUUUAUGUGACGGGACAGACAAAAUCGCUCUCAAACGUUUAAUAUCUUGAACCCACUCAUGAAUACUCCCACUCCAGUGUCCCUUCAAAUGACCAUAGAUAACAAAGUCGGAACUUGAAUUCAAGGCAUUGAGAUACGGAUGAUGAUGGCAGUGUUACUGAAUAGCUGAUAAAGUCUCAUGCUUGUACAUAUAAUUAUCUUUAAGGUAGCCAACAGUUAUUACUGUGAAGGAUUGAACAAUUACGAAUCUUGUUAAGGGUUACUAUGAAACCGAGUCUCUUACCAGAUGCAACACAUGAGGGAAAGGUGUUAUGGUAUUUCUGUACAAGGUUAAUGAUUGUUGAUUGUGUCACUCAUUACGAAUAAUGAUUAUAAUCAAUGUGCCGAUAGAUAUGCUCUUUUGCCCUUUGCUGAUAAUUAUGUUCUGUUUAGAUGCAAUAAUAUAUAAAAUUGUUUGUGCCGUUUGUCAGACACAUCCGCUGUUCGUUUCUUACCAUAUUGAGGUAGUCCACAAUGGCAAAGAAUUUUGUAAGAAUUUCCACUUCUCUGCUUCCUUCAAGAAAAGGGAUGCCUUAGCAUUGAUAGAGUGUUAUUCAUACAGAAUUCCUGUGGCACAUAUGACGAUGCAAACUCUGAACCCGUCAUUAGUUUCAGUAAAACCUCGACUUUUUCUCCAUCUCACUAAACCUGCUCGUCAGGGAAAAAUGACUGGGAUUUACUGAAAUUCAAACCCCGGUUCAGUUCAGUUGAAUUCGUCAUGCGUUUGUGGACCAGCCCUGUACAAUAGUACCGCAAGGUCCCCACACGUGACCUGCGGAGCCCCACCAGGUACCCCCCUAAAAUGGACUGUGGCUAAGAGGCUGGUCAUGGAUAGGUACUGGCAAGGUAAUGGUAUGGAGGAUAUGGUACCAGCAGCCAUGAAUGCCUCGCAUCGCAGGGCAAUGAGUGCUCCUUUUUUUUUAAGAGAAGGUCGUGAAAUGGUUUUUGGAAUUUUAGAUGAAGCAGAUAUUCUGUAAAUACGAUAGAACUCAGCCUUGUUUAAAGUGUCCGGAAACUAUCGCAUUGCCUUGCACCACAUACAGAAUGUUUUUCCUUGUUGACUGUUGCAUAGGUUAUUGUGCCAACAUAUUUGGGUCUCUCCGCUGAUUUACCUGAUAAUCAAAGCUAACAGAUGCCUAUAGAUAUUUUUACCCUGUUUAAACACAGACCAGAUUGUUAUUCAUGACCUGAAAUCUGUAAUCUUAAAGAAGUGAAUCUCACCGAGGACCCAAUCACUACUUUCCUGGGCUGCGGUGCAUUGAUGGUUGCGAUAGAGUUAGUUCACUAGAGUAGACCAAACGUAGGUGGAACAUGUAUCAAUAAUUAUGCUGUCUAUGUUCUCAUCCUUAAUAAAUGAUCAAAACAAA